AUACUUUAGAUUCAUUACAAGAAGCAAAAUUUAUAUCAACAUUAGAUUUACGCUCAGGUUAUUGGCAAGUGGAAAUGGAUAAAAAUUCAAGAGAAAAAACAGCAUUCGUCACACACAAAGGAUUAUAUGAAUUUAAUGUAAUGCCUUUUGGAUUAACGAAUGCUCCAGCAACAUUUCAACGACUAAUGGACGUAGUAUUAGCCGGUUUGAAAUGGCAAUGUUGCCUGGUAUACAUCGACGACGUCGUAAUUUACUCCCCAACAUUCGAACAACAUCUCGUCGACUUAGAAAAUGUAUUUCAAGCAUUAAAAGAAGCUAAUCUCACAUUAAAAGCUUCAAAGUGUCAAUUUUGCCGUCAAGAAAUGCAUUACCUUGGACAUGUCGUCACAUCAAAAGGAAUUAAACCAGAUCCUAAUCUAAUCAAAUCAGUGAUAGAAUUUCCACAACCAAAAAAGAUCAAAGAUAUACAAUCGUUUCUUGGACUAACCGGAUAUUAUCGAAGAUUCAUCCAAAACUACUCUAAAUUAGCAGAACCAUUACUUAGACAAUUAAGAAUUGCACAAGGGAGUAAUUAUCACCUUGAAUGGACAGCUGACUGCACGACAGCUUUCGAAACAUUGAAAAACAAAUUAACCAAUGCACCAGUUAUGAACACACCAAAUUUCGAACAGCCAUUCAUUUUAGAACUAGACGCAUGUGAAUAUGGAUUAGGUGCAGUACUAACCCAAGAAUAUGAUGACAAAAAAUACGUCAUUGCUUAUGCAAGUAAAACAUUAUCAACAGCGGAAAGAAAGUAUGGCGCAACAGAACGUGAAGCACUAGCCAUUGUAUGGGCUACAAAACAUUUUCGACCAUAUCUAGAAGGUAACAAAAUUUAUAUUCGGUCAGAUUGCAAAGCAUUACAAUGGAUGAGAACAGCGAAAGAUGUGACAGGUCGAAUAGCCAGAUGGGCUAUGAAAUUAUCGGCAUACCAAAUUGAAGAAAUUCGAUAUCGACCAGGAAAAUCAAAUGCAAACGCUGAUUCAUUAUCACGCAAUCCAUUAAAGACUGAUAAAGAUCAGCAACACGAACUGUCUACGAUUGAGACAGGAAUUAACAUAUGGGAAAAUACCAACAUCUUAGAUGAUAUAAAAAAAGAACAGCAAUCUGAUCCGAAACUAAAACCAAUUAUUGACUGGUUACAAUCCAGUACGUCAACAAAUUUCAAUGAUAAACGUAAUCCAUAUGUACUCAUCAAUAAUUUGUUAUACAAAAUAAAAAAUUCAAAUCGUCAUUACAAUCAACGAAUCAUAGGAAACAAACAUUUAUUAGUUGUUCCAAAAACAAAACAAGCCCAAAUACUGAAAUGGGCACAUGAUCAUCCAACAGCAGGCCACGGAGGUCAACAAAGAACGUUAUUUCGACUAUCUACAAAAGUAUUCUGGGAAUCAAUGCGUAAAGACGUAUACAAUUACGUCGCAGCAUGUCACGCUUGUCAACAAUUUAAAUUCAAUAAUGCGCCAACUUCAGGUCCAUUACAACCUCAUGUUGUCGAAGAACCGUGGCAAACAAUUGGAAUAGAUAUUAUGGGACCAUUUCCAGCCACAUUUAGGCAAAAAAGAUAUCUUUUAGUGAUUGUAGACUAUUUUACAAGAUGGGUGGAAUUAUUUCCUCUUCGAUCAACUACAUCAAAAGAUAUUGCAGACAUAUUAACAAAUGAAAUUUUCUCGAGAUAUGGUCUACCAAAACAUAUCGUAUCAGACAACGGUCCACAAUUCGUUUCAAACUUAUUCCAAAAUUUUUGUGAAACACUUGGAAUACAACAGAAUCUAACCGCUAAUUAUCACCCUCAAAGCAAUAUGACAGAACGUGUGAAUCGAACAUUAAAGCCACUAAUAGCCAUUUACGCUCAACAACAACCACAAGCAUGGGAUAAAGAAAUUCAAAAAAUAGCAUUCGCUAUCCGAACUACAAGAAAUGAAACAACGGGUGAAACUCCCGCUUUUAUGAUGUUCGGCCGAGACCUUAGAGGUCCUUUAGAAUCAAUAUUAAGUGAACCAAUACAAGGACCGCCACCAACAACAAAUGAACAAGAGCAGAUCCAAGAGUAUAAAAAAUAUUUAAUCAAUCAAUUGCGAAGUGCAUACAAUCUAAUCAAACAACACUCAGAAUUAGAAAAAGCAAAACAAAAGAUAAAUUAUGACCGACAUAUAUCCCAACGACAAUAUUCAGAAGGUGAUCUGGUAUGGGUAGAAAUUCCAAGAAAACAAGCUGGUGACAACUUAAUCAAUGGAAAAUUACUACCACAUUACCAAGGACCGUGCCAAUUAAUAAAGAAACUGACACCCGUCACAUUUACGGUUCACCGCUUGAGCGAUAAUGUAAAUUUGGGAGCUACGAAUAUUGAUCGAUUAAAGCCAUACACCCAACCAAGAACAGAUAAUACAAACGAUCAAUCAACAAUAACAACGAACAAUAAUGAACAGUUACCAGAUGAUCCAUCCGUCUCAAAUACAACAGACAAUAUCGAUCAGUCAACUGAUAUAAAUUCAACAAUACAAAGACGAGUAUCAAAUCGACACCGCAGGGCGCCGAUGAGAUACAUCGAACAAUAA